UUAUGGGUGGUUAGGGAAGCAUGACCUUGUAUUUGCCAGUCGUUGAGCUUUGUCGCAAAUCCAGAUAUGGCAGGUAGAUGUGACAGAUCCAGAUAUCAGUAAGUCAAGAGUAUGCGUGGACUAUAAAGUUUAGUGAUCCAAAAGUUCGCCAAUAGUGUAAGUUGGAUUACUUCGCAAAAUUGAGGGAAGGAUCAAAAACACACUAACUAUUUACGUUUGUUUCGACCCUUUAUUUGAUUUGAACACUAAGUGAUUUAAACACAAAGAGUCUAUUUGUAACCAAAAACCUGUGCAGCUUGUUGAGAUAUUUGCUUAAACAUAUUAAUAUGGCUGGUUUUUCAUUCAGAAUUUAUUGAUUUAAUUUCUUUUAUUUACUCCUCUUAUUUCUGCCUUUUUUCCUGGUAUUAGUGGCCUUGUGGCGCUCCGGUACUGACGCUGCCCAGCAAUCAUAUGAUUGCUGGAUCAAAACGCACGUGCGCGGCAAUUUGCGAGGUGAUCCAUUGCAAGAAAGUCAUAGCUUAUUGGGUGCUGGUUAUAUGCGCUCUUUUCAAUUUAAAUAAUUAACCUUCGGGUUAGGCCUCCGGGUUGGUUGACUAAAAAAUUAAUAUGUCUUGCGUCAAAGGUUUGCUUCAAUUAGGCUACAAUUUUUGGUCCAAGUUGGGAUGCUAAUCCCUAUCACUGUUUAGGUGGCCCAAGGACAAUGUUUUUUGACAAUUAAUGUUUUGGAUUUUUUGAGUAUAAUUUUUUUGACGAAGUACGAUGUUUUGACCUAUAAAUAUAGCGUCUUUUUCACAAUAUGAAGUAAAUUUUGAAACAGUUGGUUAUUUUGUAGGCUUAUUGUCGAUGUUUUACUGGCUGAAUCUCAGAUCCUGGCGUUGAGAAAGUGGGAAAAGUGGUCUUUUUUCAUUUCUUUUUUAUUCCGUAUUGAUAUCAGCGACUCAAAGUUUGCAAAGAUCGACAGAAAUGUGCAAUUAAUUCACACCCCACUUAUUUCGGGGGUUUGUGGGUGCAAUAUUGCGAGAAAUUGGCCACCCUCUCUCUAAAAAUUUAUAAUUUUGGUACCGAUUUAGGUCUCAUUUUUUGCGCUCUGCCUAUUUUUGAAAAAGCUGUACAGGUGAAACUUAGUAUUUUUGGUUUUAUUUUUGGAUAAAUUCAAAAUCUCGAAUGGAGAAGAUAUAAUCAAUUGAUGAUUUUCUUUCUGGUUGUCAUAAAAUAAUAUAAGAAGAACUCUGAAUUGACGCCUUGCCUCUUGGUCUUUUUAAGCCACCAUAUGUUUCUUUCUAGCUUGGCUCUACUGUAGAUCUAAGUUGGUCUUAUACGCAAUCGAAGUAGAGUUGAACGCACGUACACAAAUUCAAAUACCAUUUGAUUUGCUCUAUUGUGUAGUUUACUUGCUUUAAAAGGUGAUUCAGCUAUAUUUAAAACUUUUAAAAAUGCUGUUAAACGCACGUCUUGUGAGGAAAUUAGAGUCGCAUUCCCGUAACGUUUCUGGAAACUUAUGUAAUAUAUAUUUAAUUCAGUAAACUACUAGCAAAGGUAUUGCUUAAAACGUUUUCUAUUAAAGACCAUUGUAUUUCCUGGGAAACAUCUGCCACGUAUCUAACACUGUUGAAAAAGCACGUUAUUGUAAGAUUUAUUUCAAGCCAUACAUAAGAAACGGCUACAAAAAUCGUGUAUUUGAAUAUUUAAAACUAUCAGUUGAUUGAGCCAUUAGUUUUGUUGAAAUGUCCGGUGAGAAAGUGCUGGAGGGGGACAUCAAUGUCCUUGCUUUUGAUGGCGGCGGCUCCAGGGGCUUAAUGGAAGCCAUUAUUCUGGACAAUGUCAUGAACCUAGCAUCUUCAAUGUACUACAAGCCAGAAAAAGUACUACGUUAUUUGAAUGAAUACAAAGAAUACCAGGCAAAAAGGUCAAUGUUUAUCAAGGAGUGCAUUGAGAAGGCUGAUUGCACAAAUGCUCAGUUGAUUCAUCCUACUGAAGUUUUCAACUACAUUGCAGGAACUAGUACUGGAUCCCUGAUUGCCUUUGCGUUGGUCGGAGGGAAGAAGUCAAACUAUGAAAAUGAAGAAAGAUGCCCAAUGUCAGUGAGCGAGGUAAUCGAAAUGUAUAAAGCGCUCCUUCCAAACGUCUUCCAGGCUCAUGAAGCACCUAACAAGCGCAGAAAACGAGACUGGGCAUUGAAGAAAUUGAAUGAGGUCGUCUCAUUCGGUAUUCCAUUGUAUCCCUACUCCAUUGAAAGUAUUGCCGAGGAACUCGCAAAACAAUUUGAUUUUUCAACUACUGAUCAAAUUGAGAGCAAUGGGUGCAUUGCAGGGGCGGUAACAUUGGAAUUGAAUCAAGACACUGAUACACCAGAUGUCCUGAAAAUACUUGACUCUUACUCAACACCUAAACAAGUUGUGUAUGAAGUUUUAGCUGCCUCGUGUGACGCGCCGGUGUGUUUCAAUUUCCCACGUCAAAUUGACGGCAAAAAUCACAUUGAUGGUGGAUUAGGAGGGAACUGCCCAUUGGCUUGCGCGCUAGAUCGAAUUGGGACAUGGCCCAACUGCAAAGUGAACUCUGUUCUCUCUAUUGCCCCGCCCCCAGCUCACAAUCCGUUGGAAGACAUCACACCAGACUCUCCGAUUUUUAGUCAGCAGAUUUCGGCAUUCAAGUUCAUUGCGUUCCAUCUAACCAAUGGAGCUGCUAUUUACGAAUACCAGAAACGUAAACAUCCGGAUGUUGUUUUCAGAAGAGUGACGCCGCUAUCAGAGAAAUCACGCAAGGUAUCCUUUGAUGAAUCGGAACCCGAUGUAAUCGCCGAAGCAGCUCAGGGAGAAGUUAGAAAUAAUAAUUUGACAUACCUGAAUCAUAUUAUUUCGGCUGCCUCUAUUGUGUUUUGCCGUAAGCUGAACUUGGACAUAAAUACUGAACAAUUGUGUUUGUUGAUGAAUGUUUCUUCGGGCCUGAUAUCAUCUGAAGAUUGCAUCCCGAAUGAAUGCUUCUAUAUCUACAACGAAAUUCUUAAAUGGUCUGAAAGAUUCAUCGAACCUGUUGAAAAUGUAAGCGAGUAUUUGCGAAACAACAAGUUUGGUCUAGGAGGUACAAAAUUCAACCAGGACUCCUCAAGGAUCGCGGAGUUGAAGAAGAUAGAAGAAAAAAACAACGAGUUGAAUAAAAUCAACAAUAAUUGUACAAAUAAGUAUUUGGAGCUGGUGGACAUCAUUGACGAACUAGAGACUAAGAUUAAAUUGAAUGGACAAUCUGAAAUAUCAGAGGAGCUCGAAACUUUGAAAAAGUCUAUGGAAGAAUAUCGAACAUGUGCGAAAGAUUUGAAUAACAAGUCGAACUAUUUGUUGAAGAUGAUGAAAGAUUUUACCGUCUACUUGGAAAUGUCAAUGAAGGAGAAGUUAGAAGUUGCCGACGAACUUGGACCGAAAGAACCGUUUGAAGAUUCGCCAGAACCAGAGAUGAACGAACAGUUUCAAACUGGCGAAGACAAUGUCGUUUCUCUCGAUCCAAAUCAAAACGCGUAUGUGGAAGAGGACGAUUUGAAUUACUAGAUUGCGUUUAUUUAUUUGAACAAUGCCUUCUUUUGAUUGUUAACAAAUUAAUAGUUUUGUAAAAUCUGUCAAUCAUUGAGGAAAAGACGCUGCAUAAAACUGAUGCAUAAAGUAAAAAAUCUUAUAUUGAGAAGCACUUAGAUCUUCAGGUCAAUUUACAGCA